CUGUUUUUUUCUAGAACUCUCCUCUGCUUUCUCUCUCUCCAACUUGAAGAAAGCGUCUCCCUUAAACCCCUCGCAAGGGUUUUUGAGUUCUACACAUUCAAAACGCACCCAAAACAUAGAUAGGGAUAUCGUUUCUAUCUGCUCCUGCGUCUCUCUCUCUCUCUCUCCCUCUCUCUCCAUGGCUCCGGUUUUGAGCAGAAGCUUGGCCACGGCAUCUCUGGCUUCACUCCCCUCAUCCUCUCCUUUCACAGCCAGAAGAAGCCCCAAUAUCUUCAGCUUGAGAAGUGCUUUCGUCCCGCCAAAUGGCCUCAGAAGAAAGGGACUUUCUUGCAGUGGAUUGAACUGGAAGCUCCAGAGGAGAAACGGCAAUUUUGCCGUCCGUUGCGAGGCCACCGUCGCUGAGAAAGAGGCCGCCGACGCCUCCGGCGAGAAAUUCGAGUACCAAGCCGAGGUCAGUCGACUUAUGGACUUGAUAGUUCACAGUCUGUACAGCCACAAGGAGGUUUUCCUUCGAGAGCUUGUCAGUAAUGCAAGUGAUGCCUUAGACAAGCUGAGAUUUUUAAGCGUGACGGAGCCGUCUCUGCUUGGAGAUGCUGGUCAGCUAGAGAUCCGAAUCAAGUCUGAUCCUGACAACGGAACUAUCACUAUCACGGAUACUGGUAUAGGAAUGACCAAGGAAGAACUUAUUGAUUGUCUCGGAACUAUUGCUCAGAGUGGUACUUCAAAAUUCUUAAAAGCUUUGAAGGAAAAUAAGGAUCUUGGUGCAGACAACAGUUUGAUUGGUCAAUUUGGUGUUGGUUUCUAUUCGGCUUUCCUUGUUGCUGAGAAGGUGGUUGUCUCCACAAAGAGCCCGAGGUCGGAUAAGCAAUACAUUUGGGAAGCAGUAUCUGACAGCAGCUCAUAUGUGAUCAAGGAAGAAACUGAUCCUGAAAAAAUGUUACCUCGUGGAACACAAAUUACACUUUAUUUAAGGCCAGAUGACAAGUAUGAAUUCUCAGAGCCAACCAAGAUUCAGAGUUUGGUGAAGAAUUACUCGCAGUUUGUAUCUUUCCCCAUCUACACAUGGUUGGAAAAAUCAAGGACAGUUGAGGUGGAAGAGGAGGAGGAACAGAAAGAAGGAGAAGAAGCAAUGCCGGAGGGUGAGAAGAAAACGAAGAAAACAAAAAAAACUGAGAAGUAUUGGGACUGGGAAUUAACCAAUGAAACAAAGCCAAUAUGGAUGCGGAGUCCGAAGGAAGUUCAAAGGGAAGAAUACUAUGAGUUCUACAAGAAAACGUUCAAUGACUUCUUAGACCCUCUUGGAUACACUCAUUUCACAACUGAGGGUGAAGUGGAAUUUAGGAGUGUUCUUUAUAUUCCUGGAAUGGGUCCUCUCAACAAUGAGGAUGUUAUCAACCCAAAGACGAAAAAUAUUCGUUUGUAUGUUAAGCGCGUCUUUAUCUCAGAUGAUUUCGAUGGUGAGCUGUUCCCUCGGUAUCUGAGCUUUGUCAAGGGUGUGGUGGACUCUGAUGAUCUUCCUCUUAAUGUUUCUAGAGAGAUUCUUCAAGAAAGUCGAAUUGUAAGAAUAAUGAGGAAGAGACUCGUGAGAAAGACAUUUGACAUGAUCCAAGAGAUCUCUGAAAGCGAGAGUAAAGAGGACUACAAGAAAUUCUGGGAGAACUUUGGCAGAUUUUUAAAGUUAGGAUGCAUUGAGGAUACUGGAAACCACAAACGCAUUACGCCACUAUUGCGGUUUUACUCUUCAAAGAAUGAGGAGGAGCUGACAAGCUUAGAUGACUAUGUUGAAAAUAUGGCUGAGAACCAGAAGGCAAUUUAUUAUUUGGCAACGGACAGCCUGAAAAGUGCAAAGUCUGCUCCAUUCCUGGAGAAGUUGGUUCAGAAAAAUAUUGAGGUGUUGUAUUUGAUUGAGCCCAUUGAUGAAGUUGCCAUCCAAAACCUGCAAACCUACAAAGAAAAGAAGUUUGUUGACAUUAGCAAGGAAGAUCUAGAGCUUGGUGAUGAGGAUGAAGUAAAAGAAAGGGAAACCAAACAGGAAUACAAUCUUCUUUGUGAUUGGGUAAAGCAGCAACUUGGUGACAAGGUGGCUAAAGUCCAAAUCUCAAAGCGUCUGAGCUCGUCUCCGUGUGUGCUUGUUUCUGGCAAGUUUGGUUGGUCUGCCAAUAUGGAAAGAUUGAUGAAAGCACAGGCUCUUGGAGAUACUUCUAGUUUGGAGUUCAUGAGGGGGAGGAGAAUACUGGAAAUAAAUCCAGACCAUCCCAUCAUUAAAGACUUGAAUGCUGCGUGCAAGAAUGCCCCUGAUAGCAGUGAUGCAAAGAGAGCCGUUGAUCUCCUCUAUGAUACAGCCUUGAUCUCGAGUGGAUUCUCUCCCGACAGCCCAGCAGAGCUGGGAAACAAGAUAUACGAGAUGAUGGCGAUGGCCCUUGGAGGAAGAUGGGGUAGAUUGGAAGAGGAGAAUGCAGAGGCAGCCGAACCUGAUGCCAGUGCAAGUUCCAGUGAAGCCGUGGAGACAGAAGUGGUCGAGCCUUCUGAAGUCAGGACAGAGAAUGAUCCUUGGAAUUAAUGAGUGAUUAAAUAUCGAUCGAAAUUAGAAAUUUUAAGCAAACAAUUUUGUCACUGCUCCAGCUUGCGAAGUGAAAUAACACAUACAAUAGUCUGGAGGAUAGAUCCCAUAAAAAGGGACGACAUGCAUAAAAAGGAAGUUGAGGAUGUUUUAGCAGGAGAGACUCGAAUUUGUGAUGAGAAAGAAAAUUUGUUCUGCUUCUAAUGAUUUAUAAAGCUGGUUUUAUAUUUAAAACUUU